AUGGGCGGGACUCAUACAUUUCCAACGGCAUUGCCAGAUUGGAGCAACCUCGAGGUGCUCCGCAGAAACACGCUUCCUGCAAGGGCAUCCUUCUUCAUCUAUGAUAACGUGAAGGAUGCUCUGACACGUGAUGUUUUGAAGUCGAAAAAACUAUCUCUUUCUGGCACCUGGAAGUUCAACCUGGCCAAAAGCCCCUUUGAUGCUCCGCCGGAGUUCUUUGAACGGACAUUCGAUGUAACUGGAUGGGGAGAUAUCGAGGUUCCGGGGAUGUGGCAGUUGCAGGGCUAUGGAAAGGGGCCGCAGUACACCAACAUCAAUUAUCCAUUCCCAGUUGAUCCAGGUAGUGUAUCUUAUACUGUUAAUGAAACGGGAUGUUAUAGUCGGACGUUCAAUGUCCCAGCUGCCUUCAAAGAUCAUCAAUUAAGGCUGAGAUUUGAAGGUGUUGAUUCAGCUUUUCAUGUUUGGGUCAAUGGAAGAGAGGUAGGUUAUGCACAGGGAUCAAGGAAUCCAUCGGAGUUUGAUAUUACGAAGCUGGUCGAUACGGAUGGCGAGAAUACUUUGGCAGUUCAAGUUUAUCAGUUUUGUGACGGAAGCUAUAUCGAAGAUCAGGACCAGUGGUGGUUGAGUGGUAUAUUUCGAGAUGUCAACCUCCUGGCGUUCCCUAGUGUCCAUAUCCAAGACUUCAAAGUUGAGACUCACCUGGACAAAGAAUACAAGGACGCGGUCCUAUCAGUUAAAGCUGUGACAAACACUGCUUGUACAAUAACCCUUCAACUAUUCGACGCCUCUGGAAACCUCGUUGAAACACAAAAUUCUCGCACUGGCAGUUUUAGCGUUUCCCUGAAGAACCCAAACAAGUGGACCGCAGAAACGCCCUAUCUGUACCAUCUCCUGUUGUCCAUUGAGGACUGUGUUAUCGAGCAGCGAGUUGGUUUCCGUACCUCGGAACUCAAAGAUGGUAUAUUUGUGGUCAAUGGGAAACCAGUAAUAUUCCGCGGUGUGAAUCGACAUGAGCAUCACCCCGACUCUGGACGAGCCGUUCCUUACGAUUUCCUCCAUCGAGAUCUUCUUCUCAUGAAGAAAUAUAACAUUAACGCUAUUCGAACCUCGCACUAUAUCAAUGACACAAGGCUAUACGACCUCGCAGACGAGCUUGGGUUUUGGGUCCUGGACGAGUGUGACCUCGAAUGCCAUGGCGUUGAAAAUAUAGGAGGCAACCCGGCAAGUUGGCUAUCCGACAAUCCGGACUGGGAAGAUGCAUACGUUGAUCGUGCAAGACAAGCGGUGAUGAGAGACAAAAACCAUGCUUCAGUGAUCAUGUGGUCUUUGGGUAAUGAGGCUUUCUACGGUAGAAAUCACCAGGCCAUGUAUGAUUUCAUUCGCGCGUAUGACCCGACACGACUUAUCCAUUAUGAAGCGGAUCAUGAAGCAAAGACUGUGGAUAUUUACAGUAAGAUGUAUGCCUCUUGUGACGAGAUCAUCAGAUUUGCCACACAGUCUGAAACAUGGGAGAAACCGCUGGUCUUGUGUGAAUAUAUACAUGCGAUGGGGAAUGGACCCGGGGCUAUCAAAGAGUAUGUAGAAGCCUUCUACAAGUACCCACGGCUCCUCGGGGGGUUUGUCUGGGAGUGGGCAAACCACGGGCUGAGGACCAAGAAUGCCGAUGGCGAAGAAUAUUAUGGAUACGGAGGGGAUUUUGACGAUGAGCCGAAUGAUGGCAACUUCGUUAUGGACGGACUACUUUUCUCGGAUCAUACCCCAACACCAGGUCUCAGCGAAUAUAAGAAGGCAAUCGAGCCGGUUCAGGUCCUUGGAUUAUCCGGCUCAGAAGUUACCAUUAUCAAUAGAUAUGACCAUAUCACACUAGAUCACUUGAGGUGCGAAUGGACUAUUGUUGGUGAUGGACGUGUGGUGCGAGUAAAGGAGUGCGUGAUUCCAAAAGGUAUUCCACCCGGACGUACUGCAGUGCUUAAAAUCGACGAACUCGUGGAUAGCCCCUCGCCUCCGUCUCAUGAACAGUAUCUGAAGCUUGACUUUAGCCUCAGGAACUGCACUGCUUGGGCUGAAGCGGGACAUGAAGUAGCAUAUGGUCAAAUACAGUUGUCCCCACCGCUAGAUUUUCGACUGCUCAAGGAGCUGAGACCACUGGCAACGGUCAAAUGCAGCCAGGCAUCACCUCAGGUACUUGAAAUCACUGGUUCCAGUACCGUAUGGAGGUUCAACAUCAUGCAUGGCUCCUUAAUCUCCUGGAGCAAAUCAGGUGUUGAACUAAUUCAUACUCCGCCGUAUCUGGAUUUCUAUCGUGCCGUAACAGACAACGACCGCCCUAGCUUUGGCCAAUCCUGGUUUGAUGCCCGCUUACACCAGACAAAAUGUCAUUUUCGCUCCGCAACUUGGUCAAGCAAUCCUGAGAGUGUCAAGGUUGUGGUCUUGAGUCGUAUUGCGCCUCCGGUAUUUGAAUGGUCUGUUGACACAACCUUCACGUAUACGUUCACCAGCGAACAGCUCUCGAUCAAAGUGUCUGGUGUCCCUCGAGGAAAUAAACUGCCCACCACGUUUGCGAGGAUUGGAUUGACUUUUGCCCUCAACAACAUGGAGAAAGCGAAGUGGUUUGGCCGUGGACCAGGGGAGUCAUAUCGGGACAAGAAACUUUCUCAGAAGAUGGGCAACCACUCGGUCUCGAUCGAUGAUCUCUUUACUGAUUAUGAGUUCCCCCAAGAAACGGGAAACAGGACAGACAUCCGAUGGGUGGAGUUUGUAGGAAAGGGACGGUCGUUGAAGGCAUACUUCGGAUCUCUAGAAGAAGCAAGCUUUAGUGCACUUCACUAUACGACGACGGAUCUAGAUGAGUGCAAGCAUCCGUAUGAGCUGUACAAGAGGAAGAAGGAGGAAACGAUUAUCCGACUUGACUGGGCACACCAUGGCCUGGGAACUGGAAGUUGUGGUCCGGCAACUUUGCCAGAAUACCAAUUAAAAGUUGCGCCAUUCGAAUAUGAGGUACUGCUCGAAUGA